AUGGAUAAAAAAAUAAACUUUAAUGACACAAAUUAUGAGCCACUUUUAAAAGAUUGGGUUAAACAUAUUAAAAAGAUAAACAAUCAACAAGAACUUUUAAUAACAAAAGGAUCAAAAUUUUUUAUACCAUUUAUGGCUAUACCAACAUCAGUUGUCAAAACGAUAUUUAUAAUUUGUGAUUUUUUUGGAGUUGCAACAAGGACAAAAUACUUGUCUUUAUAUAUUUAUGAAAAAUUUAUGUGUAAUCAAUUUUGGAAACUUUAUUUAUUAAAUGAAAAUAAACCACAUUCAAAUGAUUGGAAACGUGAUUGUGAACAUUAUGCAAACACAGCUAAAUUACGUCUUGUAUCAAGUAUUCAAUUGGCAAGUAAAAUGGAUUCACAUUCACUUGGUCUUGGUAUUACACAGGUUCAAUCAAUUCUUCAUUGGCUUGAUCCAGAUCAAGAGUACACAUCUAGCAUAAUUAUAACAUCAGAAUUUAAAGUAUUUAAAACAAUUGAUUUUGAAAUUCCUCUUGUAACAUCAUUAGACUGUAUUGAGGUAAUCAUGGCUGUUUUUCAUCUUCAAAAAAAUACACAAUUUUAUGAUACAGCAAUUAGAAUCCUUGAUCUUUCUUAUCUACAGCAUCAACAAUUAUUUAGUCAAUUACAAUUUAUGGCUCAUGGAUCACUUGCUAAAACUAAAUCAGAAAGAAUAACAUUCAUGACACUUGAAGUUAACACACUGCUUCUUGGUGGAGCAAUAAUUGUUACAACUUCUUCAAUUUUAAAUUUUGAUAUUAAUAUAACAGCUAGCAUUUUAAAUGAUCUUGAAAUGUUGAUUAGAGUUGAUAGAGAAAGUAUUUUAAUUUUAGCAAAAAUGCUUCUUGCACUUGUUAUGCCAGCUGAUACAUCUAAAAUUAAAAUACUUUAA